GCCGAGAGGAAACUUUCCACCUUCGCUGUGUUUUUCGCUGUCAUGCGGAAAGCGCUGUAUAGGCUUAUGUGUUGUUUUUUAUUCACAAUUUCUUUAAGAUGCAGAAAGCACUAAAGAAGUAUUUUGUAAACAUGGACGAGUAUCUUGCCAGCAUCGGUCUUUACCGAAAGAUGAUGGCGAGAGACGCGUCGUGUCUGUUUCGAGCUGUUUCUGAGCAGCUUUAUUACUCUCAGAAUUACCAUCCGAGAAUACGAAAAGAGUGUGUCAACUACAUGAGGGCAAACAGAUGCAACUUUGAGCCUUUUGUUGAAGGUUCCUUUGAGAAGUAUUUGGAGCGUUUGGAGGAUCCAAAGGAAACUGCAGGUCACGUGGAGAUAAAUGCUUUGUCUUUACUGUACAGGCGGUGCUUUGUCAUUUACAGGUAUCCAGGUAAGCCGCCAACAGAGAUUGCAGAUGAAGAAAAUUUGCCUAAGAUUAUGCUGUGUUGCUCAAACAAUGGUCACUAUGACAUUGUAUAUCCCAAGAACUAUCCAGUGGAUGCUGCAGUAUGUCAGGCUCUGUUGUACGAGUUGUUAUACACUCGUGUUUUGGGUGUUGAGGAGGACGAGCUUCAGACGGCUCUGGAGGGCUUCAGAGGAGGGGGCCGGAGAUACAGGAACAGUCAUUCUAUGUGCAGUGAGGACGCUGGUUAUGACGCUCCAGAUGAACGCACUCAGAGAGAGGAAUGGGAGCCGAAUGGACAAAACCGCUCCGAAGACAAAGCCAAAGCUGGAGUUGAGGACCAGAAGGUUGUAGAAGGGUCAAGCAAACUGGCUCUGCCCUACAAGGUGCUGAAAGCUUUAGAGCCUGAGCUCUACCGUAACGUUGAAUUUGACGUUUGGCAAGACAGUCGCAAAGAGCUUCAAAAGACUGAUUAUAUGGUGUUUGCUGGCAGGCAAUACUUUUUGGGAGAUAAAUGUCAGGUCCGUUUGGAUCCAAAAGGGAAGUAUUACAAUGCUUUCAUACAGGAGGUUGGGACCCACACCACUGCUGUGACCGUGUUCAUUGAGGAACUUGGAGAAAAGCACCUUGUUCCUUUGACCAAUCUGAAGCCAGUGAAUCCAGUGCCAGCCUGGAACAUCACACCAAGCAGAAAAGGAAACUCCUACAACCAUCAAGAGCAGUAUGCUGGAGAACUAGAUCCGGAGAUGCGUGGCCGACGACGGUUCUUCAGGAAGUCUCGUGGUAAAGAGAUGUUGAUGGCAGUGUCCUACAGCCGUCCUCAGCCUGGCCUGCCCCCUCGCCUGCAGCCCGCCCCUGGUAACAUUCAUCCCAUACGUUCUCCUGGAUUGCAUGGUCCCGCUCCACCUCCCGCAGGUCUGGCCUAUGAACAUUACCGACCACACCCGCCACCCAGACCACCGAGGGGAUACGGACCACCCAGAAGUUCGGCCCGAUUCCUAAACAGGCACCAUUUUAUCGGACCAGAGAUGGCCUAUUAUCCCGGUCCAAGCAAGCGCUGCUACCAGAGUUUCGAUAACUACUCAUACAGGUCUCGAAGGAGCAGACGCCAGAUGCACUCUCUGAAUAAAGAGUGUCUGAGCUGCGUUCCCGAGCCAGGAGAGGAAACUCAGGACAUGGAGGGAAGCAUCACCUUCUAUGAGAUUGAGGAGACUGAUGAGAGUGCCUUUACACCAAUACCAGGUCAGGCUGUCCCCAGUGCCAUGGUGGCAGGAGCCACUGCUUACUGGGUGCCCAGAGUCCCCAGUCCCAUCCCUCCAUCAGGCAAACAGCCCAUGACAUCAUCAGAGGAGGACCCUGAUGAAAGAAGCACUGCUGGUGACCAAGGUGAAUACUCUGAGGAGUACAUCUACGCUACCUCAGAAGCAGGAUUUCAAAGCCCAUCAGUAUAUGCUGCUGCAGCGGAGGCCACCACCAAUUUGACCAUUCAAGAAGGAGGUUCUCGCGCUGGUUCGCCACAAGAGGGUGUUGCUACCUACAGUUACUCUCAACAGGUGGUUGUGAAGUCAUCAGUCAUCUCUUCCUCUCAGCCAAUCAACUCGGCCCCGGCUGCAAUCUUCACCUCAAACUCCUCCCCUUCUUCCUCCGGGAGCUCCCAGACGCCCCCGAAUCCCCUGCAGCCCAACAGCAUCCUUACUCCGGGACAGCCACCACCCCAGAAUGUUCUAGGCAGGCCUGUUCCUUGGUUCGUGAAUGAACUGGGUGAGCCGGUUGCCAUGGCACCACCUCCACCCUAUUCUUAUGACCCUAAUGGUGGUGACCUUCCAAGAGACUGCAAAGUGCUCCAAUACUACUACAACCUGGGGGUUCAGUGGUACCAGCAGACAUACUGGAACUCUAUGGUGCACAUGCAGCAGGUGUAUCCACAGCCGGGCACAGACGCUCAGUACCAGGCAUACCAGAGCACAGUUCCCGAUCACACCGUCCCCCAGGCGUAUCCUGAGCCCGUCCGCACGUGUCCUCAAGGAGACCCAUCCAGCAACGGCACCCCUCUGGUGAUGGAGCCCCCACCCCAGGUGAUCCCCGGCACGGUCUUCUACCCCAUGGUGCAGGAGCAGUGCGGCCAGCCACCCCUCCACCCUACCUAUGAGCCAUACGUACCCGUGCUCUCUACAACUUACCACUACCUCACGCCCUGGACACCCGGCGCAGGCCAGCACCCGCGUGUCCACCACUCCGCUUACUGCCCUUCUUCUUCCCACACCCCUGUAAAUUACAUCACUGCCCCGCCCCACCCCACCCAUCUGUCACAUUCACAGUUUGUCUAAGUCUCGUUUUACUGCUUUAAAAAAGUUCUAGUUUGUGUUGUUCAGUUACAUCAGUAUUGUUUAAGCAGAAAAAUGGUUAUUCAGGGUCCUGCAGUGUUACCCGUUAGGUAAAACAGAAAAGGAAAAGGGCAGAUAUGCGUUUACCACCCCGCACGUCUAUUCCCGAAUCAACCCCAUUUCACACUAAUGUCAUAAUGUUGGACUUUCCCCAUUAUUUGAGGAUUUUAAAAGUUCACUCGAUUCUACAUGUAAUUGGAAAUCCCAUCACAUUUGUUUUUACAAAUGUAUGUUUGCACGAUUUCAGUAUGGAGCAGUUUAGCGACACACCAGGAGUUCAAACCUUAGGAAACCAUUGUCUGUUGUUUUUUCUAUGUAAAAAAAAUCACUUAUUAUAGCUGCACGAAUAAAAAAUAA